AAAGAACUUCGCUGUUCUUUACCCAGGUUUUCACUCAGCUUUGCCCUGCGCUCUUCUGAUUAUUGUGAAUCUUCUUCCUUACUCUGUUUUGCCAGUUUGAUUUUCUCUUUGCGCCUGCUUGGUCGUUUAUUAUUCUUCCUCCUGCUGUUCCCCUGUUAGCGCUGCAUAAUACUUCCAUGUGAGGGACCACUUGUGUUGAUUGGUUUUGAAUACUCCUAAAGAGCAUUAUCUCGCAACAAUGCUAGCUUCAGUUGUGGUAUACUUGGGGAAACCUAUGAGGAAAUACUAACAACUGCCUUUGCUUCCUGUUCAACAGCUUUUCUCUUUUGCUGCGGCAGCGUGUAACAUCUAUUGCGCUUCUUGGUGGUUUUAUUUCUGCUGGCGCUGAAUGAUGGGAAACCAAUCGCUUUGUGACAAUAACAUGGUGGAGGAGGAGGAAGCAGAGUAUGUAUUGCUUGAUUUGGAUGGCAUUUCCUCCGAAGUUCACAUUCCUCCAAAUGCACCAUAUGUUCUCUCUGGUCUUGACACAUUGAAUCCCAUCUUGACCAUUGAUGGCAAAAUCAAGCUGAUUGGACAGUAUGAUGAGACUAUUGGGACAUGCCUUGUAUUUAGUGAAAGUGAUGCUCCCUCCAUGGUUCAUAAAGACACGGGACCAUCUGAAUCCAACCAUUUGCCAGGAAGACGCAUAUUAGACCCUAAGGAAACCGAGUCCAAGCAAGUCAAGCCUGUAACACAGCUUCAUAAGAUACUUAAGUUCAGGUUGUUGCAUGAUACUGAAACUGAAGAUGCAAGAAAGAAGCCAAAAGAAGAUUAGGUAGCUCAGCUUCUUAGUAAAUUAGAAGAUACUUCACUAUGUUUGACAAUGUAUAGAGGAGUCGAAGCAGAGCCAUUACAACAUAGCAAUGGGUAGCAUUGCCAUUGCUAGUAUUUUACUGCUAGCAUAGUCAUUCCUCACUCUGAAGCAAAAGGAAAGGUGCUCUGCUUGACACUCACAACUAUAAUGUCGCAUAGAUGAACCAGAAUUUAAAAGGCGAUUGCUUUAUAAUUUUCUCCUUCUAGCAUUAUCGAAGUAGCUCUAGUUCCUA